AUGGACACCCCGCCGCUGACGCCGACCUUGCAAGCAAAGACAUUCACCAAGCUCGGCGACAAGUUCUCGUCAAGAGUCGGCGACCUGGCCCUGCCGCGGCGCGUCAAGAGGGUGCUGCCGCUCUACGUCGGCUGCGCCCUCGCCGUUCUCGUAUUGCUCAACCUCGACUUUGUCGCCUUGGUCCCGAGCCCAGUCGCCGUGCUCCAGCGACAUGAGACGGAUCUGCACCCCCCGCCUCCGCCUCCGCUGUCACCACCGACUCUGGCCCUGGGUGUCCCGGGCAGCUCGUUCCCGCAGAAGCUCUGGCAGACCUGGAAGAUCGACCCGCUGCUGUUUGGGAUUAAAGAGACUGUGAGGGCGACGACUUGGUUGGAGAAGAACCCGCACAUGAGAUACGAGGUCGUCACGGAUGCGAGUGAAGUGACCUACAUUGAAGAGCACUACGGACCUCGCGGCCUCAAUCGCCCGGACAUUAUCCAGUUUUAUCGCAGCAUCAACCUUCCGAUAAUAAAGGCCGACCUCCUGCGAUACAUGAUCCUAUACGCCGAGGGCGGUGUCUAUACCGAUAUCGACGUCGAGGCGCUUAAGCCCUUCCACCGCUUCUUCCCCGAGCGACACAACGAACUCGAGUACGACCUGGUGGUUGGGAUCGAGGUAGACGAGCCCCAAUUCCGCGACCACCCCAUCCUCGGCCAGAAAUCCGAAUCCUUCUGCCAGUGGACCAUCAUCUCGCGGCCUCAGCAUCCAGUCAUGAUGCGCCUCAUUGAGAACAUUAUGGCCUGGAUGCACGGCGUCGCGAAAGAACAACGCGUCCCCAUCAGCCAGGUCGAGCUCACCUUUGACCAAGUUCUCACGGGGACGGGGCCGUCCGCCUUCACCAAGGCGGUCAUGGCCGAGAUGAACAACAAUUCCCCCGAGCGCAAGGUCACAUGGGACGACUUUCACAGCAUGACCGAGUCUAAAGUCGUCGGCCGCGUUCUCGUGCUGACCGUCGAGGCACUCUGCGCCGGCUCGGGCCACUCAGACUCGGGCAACCAUGGGUCCCGAAAUGCCCUCGUCAAGCAUCACUAUCAUGCCUCCAACUGGCCGAGUCGACACCGGCGCUACAGCCACCCUGCCUUUGGCCAGGUCGAGGAGUGCAAUUGGAACGCCGACUGCGUCAGACAGUGGGAUAAGGAUGUGGCGGACUUUGAGCAACUCUCAGAGCAAGGCAAGAAGGACAAGAUUAGGGAGAGGCUGCUCUUGUUGCAACCGCCGGCGCCGCCACCGCAGCAGCAGCAGCAGCAACCACUGGCACUGCCGGAAAAGCAGUCAGAGCCGCAGCCCGAACUGCUAAAUCAGCCUGAGCAACCGCCGGAGCAGAAGCCGGAGCAACAGGAAGAGCCGGGGGCAGCUGAGCACGCCUCAGAGCAGAAAAUGCCAGAACAACUAGACCAUUCAGAAGGUCACGACGGGCCAGAUGCGCAAAUGGAGCAGCCAAAGCCUCCGGAACAGGCACUCUAGGAGGGCUCCCAUUUUUCUCGGGCAAUGCAUCGCAAUUGGGUUUGGCGUUGGGUGGUAUGGGACAUUUUCAGGGCGUUCAAUGUGCUUGGGUUGGGG